AUGGGCUGUAACACCUCCACGGCUGCCAAGCCUGAGCAGAAGGUUGUAAAGCAACGCCGAAGGCUGAGUGUGGGGAACGUGGACCUCAAUGAAGUCCAAGAUGCCGAGGACCACUCCACCGAAGACGACCGUGGCCUCAUUGCCCAGUUCUCCCAGCAGAACCUCCUUGACUUGAUAGAGAAGGAUGGUACCAAGACAGGCUCAGGAAGGCGCCUCUCCUCUAUAGGCUCCACCACGGACCAGAACGCCACAUCCUUCGCGAACAAGUCGAUGCAGCAAUUAGGUGAUGAGCUCAAUGCCUCGAAGCAUGGCAUUGGCUACACUUGCCGGAAAGGGCUGAAGCCGGAGAGCCCUAACCAGGACUCUUGGUGCAUGCUCAAAACAGAGAACUUUUCGAUCUACGGCGUCUUUGAUGGUCAUGGGCAAAAAGGUCAUGAUAUCUCCAACUUCAUCAAGGACGUCAUCCCCAAGCUCAUUGUCAAGGACCCACGGAGCAGCAAAUCGGAGUGGAGCCCUGUCCUCAUGGACACGUUUAAGAAGGCUCAGAGCAUGGUGAACACGAGUGACAAGAUGAAGCAGCGGCUCGCCCAUGGCACUUCAGAUACGGAGCAUCUCCUUGAGUCGGAUGGGAUGAAGGCUGGCCCCUCGGUCGCGCAGAAGCCGCAGACGUGUUGGGACCGGUGCGUGAAGGGGUGCUGCCGGUGUUGUGUUGUGUUCCUGGCGGUUCUCAACCUGCUCCUCUUGAUCCUAUUCAUUUCCCUUGGCCCGGCGGGGUUCACGUACUACCUGGCCGUGUUGAGGAUAGCGCUGUACGGAUACGGCGGAGCUGCGUGCAUGGCUUCUUCGGAUGGCUGCCGGACAGCCCAUGGCUUCCCUGGCUCCGACACUGACAGCACCCUGACCUGGUACGACGAGCAGGUUCGCCUCAUGGAGCAGCUGCCCCAAAGGCUGCAGAGCGGCGAGGCUUACCGCUCAAACGAGCUGGGGAAUGUGCGCAUUAAUGAUCUCAUCUGGCCCGACAUCGCGCUGGGCUCCAACGAGAGUGUGCACAGCCGCUUGCGGCCCGUCUACGAUGCGCUGUGGGGCCGCGGGGCGAGCACUUGGACCAAGGAGUCCGUGCGAGCAGGCGCCCGCGCGUUCAUCGCGGGCGUCAACGGCACAUUCACGGUUUCCAAGGACAUCAGCAAGUGGGUGGAGCUUGAGCUGCACAACGUCAGCCUGGGUUACACUCUGACAGCCGAGCAGCUUGAGCGAUUUCUCGACUUCCAGUCCAGUGCCCCGCUGAUGCUCACCAUGCCCGAGAUCUUCAACUUUGUGCUCAGCAGGCUGACGAGCGUGCAGGACUUCAUCUCUACGAGGCAGCAACUUGUCCAAGAGUAUGCGGAUAUCAUGGCCCGAGACACGCGCGGCCUGUUUUCGAACAUCUCCGCUUCCUUCCGCCCAACCAUGGCGAGUGCACUCCUCGACUCGCUGACUUUUGCAGGUGGCCUCAGCAUCCCCCAUGCGCUGACCUCGGUCUUCGCGUUGAUGUACUCAGACCAGUCGCCGGCGGGCGAGGCUAAAGAUGUCUCCAAGCUGAGCGACGAGGAGGUGGAGCGCUUCGUCUUCGAGGCCGUGCGACUCUUCCCUCCAGUGAUCGAGUUCCCCUGGAUGGAUGCGCGGGACGAGCGGCGAAAGUUGAUGAUCCAGAUGAAGGCACUACGCGACCCAGGCGUCUGGGGUUUGGGCGCCGAGGGCGCGGACGCGUUCUCCCUGAAGCCCUUGGAGAAGUACCAGAACUACUCGGGAAUCACCUGGGUGGAGCCGGCCAACGGCCCCCAGAAAGAGGGCCACCGGUGGAUCUCCACCCCCACAAGCCGGGGGUGCCCCGGCCAGGACCUAAGCCUCGCCAUGAUCGUGGGCUUCGUCCAGGAGUGGCGCCACAUGCAGCACGACUGGUAUGUCGCCGAGCAGCCCGAGGGCGGGAUCGCCUUCACCGGCCCAGCCUACUUUACCCCGCCGGUGGCCUCUCCUUUCACGCUGCUGAAUGCACAGAUGUCCGGAACGACCGCCACCGUCGCGAUUCACGACCAUGCCAGCAACAAGUUCACCGUCGCCCACGUGGCUGACAGCACAGCAGUCCUGGGCACGAAGACCGGAAGCCAGUGGAAGGGCGUGGCCCUCACCCGCGAUCACAAGCCGAACCUCAAGGAUGAGAAGGCCCGCAUCGAGAAGGCGGGCGGCCGCGUGGUCUUUGAUGGCUAUGCCAACCAUCGCGUCUAUGCCAAGAGUGCACGAUACCCCGGCUUGAACAUGUCUCGUUGCCUGGGCGACCUUUUGGGCCAUCAGGACUGUGGGAUCUCAUGUGAGCCUGAAGUCACGUCGUUCGACAUCGAUAAUCAAAAGGAGCAGAUCCUGUUCCUCUGCAGCGAUGGUGUUUGGGAGUUCAUUGCUCCGCAGGAGGCCGUGGACCUGGUGUGCCACUACUCGUACCUGGAGGCGCAGCAAGCCGCGGAUUUUUUGGCGAAGGAGGCUUGGGAUCGAUGGAUCCGGGAGGAAGGCGGCGCAGUCGUCGACGACAUCACGGUGAUCUUGGUGUACUUGAACCACUGA